UGUUUCUCAAGUUUCCACUCCUUCAUUCUCUCUACGCCAUAUUUUUCCCAACAAAUUUCCUUACGUCUCGUUCCUUUCAGGCUUUUCCAGAGUAUUUUCUAGAAAUAAAUUAAGGUACGACUUUUGUUGGAAAAUGAAAGUCGUGUUUCGAAAUUAAUGUCUUCCUUUUGUUUUCUAAUUUCUGUAACGUAUGGCUGCCGAGAAGAAUCUUGUUUCCUUUUUUUCUUUUGUCCUUUACUCAUGCCCAUUAUUUUGGCUCUCUUGACCCGUGUACGAAGUUGGUUGCAUGUUUGAUUCUCCAGUUUUGAAUAUUUGGUAAAAUAUUCGGUUCUUGAGUUUGGGUUAGGAUGAAUUUUCUGUGAAGUUCUUUCUCACAAAUUCGGUGUUUAUUGACUAAUCUGGGAGUUAUUUAUGUAUAAGUUGGAACAAUGAAUAUUGUUGAUAGAAAACUUCCAGUCGAUUAUUGGAGACUGGGAUCAAGUUAAGCCAAAUUGAUUACUUUUUUGGAAUAAAUUUUCUUGUGCGGUGUAGAUUGAUAAAUUGGAUUGCAAGUUGAGGUUAAGACUUUACUCUGUAAUAAAUUUGAUGUCAUUUAACAUAUUAGAAAGAGAAAACGUAAUGAUGGAAGACGUCUUAUAAAUAUUUUCCUUUCCGGAGAAAUGCCAAUUGUACUCAGAAUUUUUUAUCUGCAGAACCCCUUUCCUCAAAAAUAUAUAUUUGUCUAUAAAUAUUGAUUGGCGUGUGUUAGUUUUGUAAGUUAAACUUAUUGAGAGAAAACGUAAUGAUGGAAGAUUGAUUUGUGAUUCUUGCAAUGCGAUCUUCUUAACUUCUGUAAGUAGUAUGUCACAAGUUGUAACAGAGGCUAAGUGAGCCUAUGGAGAUGGUUGGAUUUCACUGUUGAACUAAUGGAUAAAAAGCAGCAUGUUGCAAUUUUCACAACUGCCAGCCUUCCGUGGAUGACUGGAACUGCUGUCAACCCUCUAUUUCGUGCAGCCUAUCUUUCGAAAAAUGGAGAGAAAAAGGUUACCUUGGUGAUUCCAUGGUUAUCUUUGAAAGAUCAAGAAAUAGUAUAUCCCAAUCGCAUCACAUUCAGCUCAUCAACAGAGCAGGAGAAAUAUGUCCACCAGUGGCUCGAAGAGAGGACUGGAUUCAAAUCUUUUUUCAGCAUACGUUUUUAUCCUGGAAGGUUUUCUCAAGACAAAAGGAGUGUUCUUGCAGUUGGAGAUAUUUCAGAAGUCAUCCCUGAUGAAGAUGCAGAUAUUGCUGUUCUUGAGGAGCCUGAGCAUCUUACAUGGUAUCAUCAUGGGAAACAAUGGAAGGUUAAAUUCCGCAUGGUUGUAGGAAUUAUUCAUACCAAUUAUUUGGAAUAUGUGAGAGAGAAGAAUGGACGAAUGCAAGCAUUUCUUCUAAAAGUCAUAAAUAGCUGGGUUGUUAGUAUUUAUUGCCACAAGGUUAUCAGAUUAUCUGCGGCGACACAAGAUUAUCCCAAGUCAAUCAUCUGCAAUGUUCACGGAGUCAAUCCCAAGUUCCUUGGGAUAGACAAGCAAAAGAUAGAGCAACUACAAAAUGGGAAACAAACCUUCACUAAAGGUGCCUACUACAUUGGGAAGAUGGUAUGGAGCAAAGGCUACAAGGAGCUGCUAAAACUUCUUCAUGAUCACCAAAAGAAACUAGUUGGGCUUGAGGUUGAUUUAUAUGGAAGUGGUGAGGACUCUGAUCAAGUUCAGGAAGCUGCUAAAAGGUUGGAAGUAUCUGUUAGAGUUCACCCUGGGUGUGAUCAUGCCGAUCCUCUAUUUCAUGAUUAUAAAGUGUUUCUUAAUCCAAGCACCACAGAUGUGGUUUGUACUACUACAGCUGAAGCACUAGCAAUGGGCAAAAUUAUUGUAUGCGCCAAUCAUCCCUCAAACGAAUUCUUCAAGCAAUUUCCGAAUUGCUGGACCUAUGAUGACAGAAAUGGCUUUGUUGAAGCCACACGCAAAGCAUUAGCCGCAGAGCCUGUGCAGCUGACUGAUUCACAGAGGCAUGAAUUGUCAUGGGAGGCAGCCACAGAACGGUUCCUUAAGGUUUCUGAGCUGGACCAGGUAUCUACAAGAAAACUGUCAAAUAUUGCCACCAAGAACUUUAUGUCGACGUCCUUCAAUUUUCAGGGGAACAUGGAGGAUGCAUCUGCAUAUGUCCAUUUUUUGGCUUCUGGGUCUGAAGCAUCACGAAAAAUGUUUGGUGCAAUUCCGGGGAGCUUGCAACCAGAUGAACAACAAUGCAAAGAGCUAGGGCUAGCCAUUCCUGCAGGAAUGCAAAGCUCAAGAAAAUGAAAGCAUUAUGCUUUUGUGAAAAAUGCCGGGGAUUCUUUAUUUACGCUCAGUCUGUGCAUAAACUGGUACAGGUGUAAAGCAUUUCUCUUGUUUCUUAUACAUUAUUUGUUUUCCUGAAAUCGAAAAUCCCAUAUGAAGCAUGUUUCCACUAC